UCUGCCUGGGGCCAUCCUGCAGCCCAGCUCUCAUCCUCUCCCACCUGUCACCGCAAGGGGUCCCCGCAGGUGGAGGCCACAGAUGCCUGGGUCCACGCUUCUGGAGAGGAGGGAGCUCAGCCUGCAGCCAGGAACACUGUGGCCUGGAGGGGGCUCAGGAGGGGCGGGUGCAAGCUAGAAAGAGGCAGGGCUGAGCUAGAGAGACGGAGGGAGGAGAAAGAGAGAGAGAGAGAGGAGGAGAGAGAGAGAGAAAGAGAGAGGGAGGAGACGGAGGGAGCGCUGGGGACCUGGAGCCCCACUGGCAGCCAGGAAGUAGCUCCCCGCACUGAGCAGCCGCCCUCCGGCUGGAUCGCCCCGUCUUGGGGGCCUCGGGAUCAGGACCGGGAACAUGGGGUCGGUCCCUGGAGCCUUCCUCCCUGUGAUCCUUCUUCUGUCGGCAAAGAGCUGGGGUCCAGCCAUGGCAGGAAACACAGAUAACUGUGACAAGCCACUCGUGUCUGCCCUGCCCCCAUCAUCCUUCAGCAGCUCCUCGGAGCUGUCCAGCAGCCACAGUCCUGGGUUCGCAAGACUUAACCGAAGAGACGGAGCCGGGGGCUGGACGCCGCUCGUGUCAGACAAGAACCAGUGGCUGCAGAUCGACCUUGGAGAGAGGGUGGAGGUCACCGCAGUGGCCACCCAGGGCGGGUACGGGAGCUCCGACUGGGUGACCAGCUACCUCCUGAUGUUCAGCGACAGCGGCAGGAACUGGAAGCAGUACCGGAGAGAGGAAGGCGUCUCGGGCUUCCCCGGGAACUCCAACGCGGACAGCGUGGUGCACCACAGGCUGCGGCCGCCCGUGGAGGCCAGGCACCUGCGCUUCCUGCCUUCCUCCUGGAACCCCGACGGUCGGAUCGGGAUGCGCGUGGAGGCCUAUGGAUGUCCAUACAGAUCCCAGGUGAUUGAUUUUGAUGGAAAAAGUUCCCUGCUCUACAGAUUUGUUAAAAAUACCAGCAGUUCGGCAAAAGACGUCAUCUCUUUGAAAUUUAAAACCAUGCUGAGUGAUGGGGUUCUGCUCCACAGAGAGGGAAGAGGGGGAGACAGCGUCACCCUGGCAUUGGUAAAGGGGACACUCUUCCUGCUCGUCGGUUCAGGUGACAGCUCACCCCUGUCGCCCUCUGGCCCUGGUGGUGCGCUGGGCAGCCUCCUGGAUGACCAGCAGUGGCACUCAGUCCUCUUUGAGCACUCCCGCCAGCUCGUGAACCUCACGGUGGACGGGCACUCACAGCAGUUCCGGGUGUGGGGAGACCUGAGCCAGGAGGACCUGGAUCCUGAGAUCAGCUUUGGAGGGAUUCUAGCACCUGGAAAAUCAGUGACCUUUCAAAGAAAAAACUUCGACGGAUGUUUAGAAAACAUUAAUUUUAACGGAGAGGACAUCAUCGAUUUGGCUAAGCGGCACGGACCACAGAUUCUCGUCACGGGGACCAUCUCCUUCUCCUGCUCUCGGCCACAGCCCGUGCCCGUCACCUUUCUGAGCGCCGGGAGCCACCUGGAGCUGCCAGGCACCCUGGGGCAGGACGGGGCCACCGUCAGCUUCCAGUUCCGGACAUGGAACAGCGCGGGCCUCCUGCUGUCCAGCCGGCCCCAUCAAGGCUCCGGGGGGCUCGUUCUCGCUCUCCGUGAUGGGACCCUCAGGCUGGGUCUGUCCUCAUCUCCAGGACAAGCCCAGAGUGACGUCACUGCAGGGGUCGGACUGAACGACGGGCAGUGGCAUUCGGUCUCCCUGACGGUGAAGAGGAAUCAGCUCAGGGUGACCCUGGACCACGACGGGGCCGCCAGCAUCCAUGCCACGCUGCCUGUGGGGACCGGCGCAGGGGACACCUACCGCUUUGGAGGCUGCCUCCGCCCCGGCUCCGGGCCUGAAUGUGAGGGGUCUCUCGGCGGAUUCCAGGGCUGUCUGAGACUCGUCUCCAUUAAUGCCCAAGAGGUGGACCUGAUUUCAGUGCAGCAGGGGGCGCUCGGGAAUUUCAGCCACCUGCAGAUAGACGCCUGCGGCAUCCUGGACAGGUGUCUGCCCAACUACUGCGAGCACGGUGGCAGGUGCUCCCAGACCUGGACAGCCUUCCACUGUGACUGCACCAGCACCGGCUACGCGGGCGCCACGUGCCACCACCCCCUCUACGAGCAGUCCUGUGAGGCCCACAGGCACAAGGGCAGCCCCUCCGGGCUGUACCACCUCGACCCGGAUGGCAGCGGGCCCCUGGAGCCAUUCCCGGCAUUCUGUAACAUAACAGACGUCCCGUGGACCAUCCUGCAGCACAACGGCUCGACCUUCACCAGGGUCAAGGGCACAGACCGGGAGAACCCACACAGGGCCACGUUCCAGUACGCAGCCACAGCAGAGCAGCUGUCGGCCACCAUCGCCCGCGCUGGGCACUGCCAGCAGGAGCUGGAGUUCCACUGCAGAAGGUCUCGGCUCCAGGACACUCGAGAUGGAACCUCUCUGAGCUGGUGGGUUGGAAGAAGCAACGAGACACACACUUACUGGGGAGGUUCUUUGCCUGAAGCUCAGAAGUGUCCUUGUGGCUUCGCGGGGACCUGCAUAGAUUCCCGAUAUCAUUGCAACUGUGACGCUGACCGGGAUGAAUGGACCAAUGACACAGGUGUGCUCUCCUACAAGGAGCACCUGCCCGUGAUGCGAAUCGUGGUCACAGACACGGCCCACCCGAGCUCCGAGGCUGCCUACAGGCUGGGGCCUCUGCUGUGCCAGGGGGACCGAUUGUUCUGGAAUUCGGCCUCCUUCCACACUGAGGCUUCAUACCUUCACUUCCCUACUUUCCACGGAGAGCUCAGCGCCGACGUGUCUUUCUUUUUCAAGACGAUGGCUUCGUCCGGGGUGUUUUUAGAGAACCUGGGGAUCACAGACUUCAUCAGCCUCGAACUGCGCUCUCCGGUGGAGGUGACCUUCUCCUUCGAUGUGGGAAACGGGCCCUGCGAGGUCACCGUGCAGGCACCCACUCCCCUCAAUGACAACCGGUGGCACCUGGUUCGAGCUGAAAGGAACGUGAAGGAGGCAUCGCUGCAGGUGGACUGGCUCCCACGCGGGACGCGCGCUGCCCCCGAGGACGGGCACAUGCUCCUGCAGCUCAACAGCCAGCUCUUUGUGGGCGGCACGGCCACCAGGCAGAGAGGGUUUCUGGGAUGCAUUCGGUCUCUGCAGUUGAACGGAGAGACGCUGGACCUCGAGGAAAGAGCCAAGGUCACUCCAGGAGUGGAGCCCGGCUGCCCAGGACAUUGCAGCACCUACGGACACUUGUGUCACAAUGGAGGGCGAUGUCGAGAGAAGCCCCGUGGAUUCUCCUGUGACUGUGAGCUCUCGGCAUUCACAGGGCCCUUCUGCUCACACGAGAUUUCUGCCUACUUUGGACCUGGGUCCUCCGUGACUUACAAUUUUCACGAAUAUUAUCCGUUAAGUACAAACUCCAGCCCUCACGCUGCUUCGUUCCAGGGGGACGUGACACUAACCAGAGAGCUGAUCACAUUCAGCUUCCUCACAGCACAAACCCCGAGCCUGCUGCUCUAUGUGGACUCCUUCUAUGAGGAAUACCUGUCAGUUAUCCUUGCCAGAAAUGGGAGUUUGCAGAUUAGGUACAAGCUAGAUUUACAUCAAGAUCCUGAUGUUUUUAACUUUAAUUUCAAGAACAUGGCUGACGGGCAGCUUCACCGCGUGAAGAUUAGCAGAGAGGAAGGAGUGGUCUUUGUAGAGGUGAACCAGAAAUCCCGGAGACAAGUGAGUCUGUCCUCGGGCACGGAAUUCAACGCUGUCAAAUCCCUGGUGCUGGGCAAGAUUUUAGAGCCCGGCGGCCACGUGGACGCGGAGACGGCGCGGGCGGGCGCGCGGGGCUUCUCCGGCUGCCUCUCCGCCGUGCAGUUCGAGCGCGCGGCCCCGCUGAAGGCUGCGCUGCGCCCUGGGCGCCCCGCGCGCGCGUCGGUGCGGGGUCCGGUGGCGGCGUCUGACUGCGGGGCCCGAGGCGGGGACGGCGCGGCGCGGGAGCGCACGCACGUGCGAGCAGAACAUUCCGGAGUGAUGGAUGAGGGGGAGCCCAUGGCUGACGCGACCAGGGGAGACUCUGCAGUGAUUGGAGGUGUCAUAGCUGUGGCGGUAUUUGUCCUGCUGUGCGUCGCUGCCAUAGCCAUCCGCCUUUAUCAGCAGAAGAACUUGUACUCAACCAAGGAGGCAAAGCCACCAGAGAACCCAGGCCACGCCCCAACCGGGCUCCGGUGCGAGCUCAGCCUGCAGAGCGCAGUCUGCGGAAACCAGAAGGAGUACUUCUUCUGAGCAGGAGCCAGGGUGGACGCAGUCUCACAGCAGGCUGCCCUUCUCCUGUGCCUGGGGCUCCCCAGGGCCAGAAGUCCCCUUUGCAAAUGCAACAGUUUGAGACGCAACCGUGCGGCACAAAUCCCGCCUCACAGAGGGUCUGAUGGCAUUAUCCCUUAGCUAUCGUUAGCGUCACUGCAUUUUAUGUCACCAUGAAUCAGUAUCGUCAUGAUCCAUGUUUGUUUCCAAUGCUCUAAUGUGCUUUUAAACUGAAUUUUAGCUUGCUUAGCCGCUGGGGUUUUGAAAGGGAAACUGGCCCUCAGCCGUCUGUCCCAGUGGGACCUGAGGCUCAGCUUUACUCGCACAGGAGGCUGCGUUUUGUGAUCAAAGAACUGAACAUCCUUCUUGACCACGUUUGUUGAAUAUUCACAUCUUCUGUGAGCCAUAGCCACGUGGCCAAAAAUAAACAGCCUUUCUGCCUUUCUCUUUGUUGGUUGAUGCCAAGCAGCACUCCUCUCUCGGGGUAUCAUUGCUGGUUUGUUUGCAUUGCUUUUAUUUAAUGUUUCCUUCAAAUGCCCACGGUGAGUACGGAUGCUUCUGGCACUACGUGCUCGUCUUCAGGGGUAGAGGUACGGCGUUCGGACGGUGCAGAGCGGACCGUACAUGCUUUACUUUUUUCCUUCAUCUUAUGCCAUCGAGGUCCGUGAUUGACAUUUGGCAGUGCCCUGACUAAUGUUGAUUUCACAAAGUUUUUUUUAAUUGAAAUUGAAAAGCAGAUAGAACCACAAAUUCUUAAUACUGAAAAUGUAUUUUUUUGCAUCUGAGAUACCUGGAUGAUACAUAAUAGUAAAUUUAUUUCCCUAAACGCCCGGUCAUUUGUCAGUGUUCUUUGUCAUGGUAAAUUCUUCUGUUUCUUUGCUGUUUGUUGGCUUGGCUUUUCUCCAAAGGUCUCCCCAACUUUGCUCUGCUCUCCCGAGACUGUAUUCCAUGGAGCUUCUUUCUCGAAUAUUCGAGAGCAAGUCACUUUAUGACUUUUCUAAAGCUCGGACUGUUUCCAGCAUAGACUCCCACGUGCAUGGCCACCCAGUCGCAAAGUCCUACACGUGCUGACUCUGAGCCACAACCACGCCCCAAGCUGAGCAACCAGAAUCACCCUGAAAUUCAUUCUCCUAGUCUCAGUUCCAGGAUGCAGAGAUCCAUGUCUCAGAGCUCCCAAAACCGGUGGGAGCUUCUUGGGGAGCAGACCAGGAGAGCAAUGGAUGACAGGGGAUUCCAAGGAAACUGUCUAGUCAUUAAUUUUGGAACCCCGAUAAAUGAACCCUCACGAGGAGCCUGCAAUUAGGUCCCAUAGAACCAGUUGACAGAAGACACGCUCCUGCCCCUGCUUGCCCUGUGCCAGAGAGCGGGGAUCCUCCAGCGUGUCCACGUCAGGAAAGGGAAGAAAUGCCUGGCCUCCAUGUUGCUUCUCCUGUCGAUCUCACAUCUACUUUUUGGUGUCCUUUUCCACAUCACCUCUGUCGCAAUUUGUCUGUUAAUAAUUGCUAUUCUUUUUUAUAUGCUAGGACUUGCUGGGGUUUUAUUUUCCUGUAAAUCUAAAGUUCUCAACUAAUACAGUCACUUAAAGACAGAUCUUGGUGAAUGGUGCACACGUUUCCCCAUUUGUAGCAUCGAGACAGAGAUGGUAAGUUGGACGAUGCAGAGCUGGCUACAGACUUGGUGACCUCCAGGCCGCCUUUACAAGUGAGGGGGGCUCACUGGCACCCGAUGUCUCAGGAGGACAGACGGGGGGGCUGCACGGCUCUGUUGCCCACCUCCCACCCCGAAGCCCCUCCAUGCGUCCCGUGCCCUCACUGUCCUUCCCUGAUUUGUAAAGUUUACCUUCUUGUUUGUUAAUAAAACAAGACUUUUAAAACAAA